AUGGCUUCCAAAACGUUUCUUUUCGUGCUUUUGCAAACCCUCAUCCAGUACCCACAGCUGGUGGGUGAUGGGCUGGAUGAGGCCACCCGUCUGCGCGUGGAGUUGCGCGCCGAACUCCUGAACAGGGAGAUGACUCGGCUGCUGCAGGAGCUGGAGCAGAGCAGCCUGGAGCGCACUCUCAGGGCCUGGGGAGCCCUGCUCUGGGCUGCCUUGCAGCAAGAGAAGUUCUGGGCUCUGGUUGUUGUCCUGGGCCUUCUCUUGGCACUGUGGUUUAUGCGCCGGAGAAGGAGCCGCCAGCCAGACAACAACGGCGAGGAGGAGGAGGUGGAAGACAGAGAAGACCAUGAAGAUUUUGCCCCUGAAGUAGAAGAAGAAGCCACUGUUGAGAAUGCCAUGAGAUGGCUUUUAGUGCAACUGAUACCUUGGCCUGUUCAGGAUCUGAAGAGAGGUUGCGAGGUGACAAGAGUCCUGAUAGACAACUUCACAUUUGUCUUUGGGCACAUCUUGUCCAACAGUUUCCACCCGGUGCCUCAAAGUGCAUUAGGGGUGGGCAGUGCCUUUGAAGGGUGGAGUACCCGGGAGAAGGAUGUCGUGUACAGUGUCCUUGUCCCCCUCACUCCUCCCCCGGGGCAUGCCUUCCAUCUGGAGAUGGACACUUCAGGCCAGUUGCCCGGGAGGAACUUCCGUGUCCGCGUGGAGCCGGUGUGCACCUGCACGAGGGAGCAACAGGACGAGAACGUGCUGUGCUUCCUCCACCACCCAGAGGAAGAGCAAAGGAGGAAUGAGGAGCCCAGUCUCCUCCACACCCUCUGCUCUGGCUCCUACCUAGACGUGGACAAAACUGCCCGCUGGUUCUACCAGCUGGUGAGAGCAGCCUGGGUGGCUUUGCCUCAGGCACACACUUGGCACUUAGUGCUGCUGCCCUCCAGCCGCUCCUGUAAAUUCAAGGUGAGCAGAGGCCGAGAGAGCCUGAUGGUUGAGGUGCUGUUUGGAGUGCAAGAAGGCAAUUCAGACAUCUAUGUGAGCAGCCAGCCCACAGAGGCCCUCUUCACCCCAAGCACAAUGUGGCCGGAGACCUACGCCGUGGCCGAGAUGAAGUUCUUCAGGCACAUUGCCCGGCAGGCUCCACCAGACAGCUGGCACCUCAAAUGCCUGCAGCUCUUAGCCCAUGCUCUGCUGGGCAUUGGCUUCUCCACCUACACCCUGAAGACCAUUGUCAUGCACCUCCUGAACACCAUACCCGUGUCACGCUGGGGCAGGAGGCAAUUCUUGCGGCGACUGGGAGAUGCCCUGGAGUACCUGCACGGCUCCCUGGAGGAGAAACGCCUGGACCACUUUGUUCUGGGCAACCGGACACUGCCUGGGGAGAUUAUCUUGCCCCCGGAUGUCAAAGCUGCUGAGCCACUCAACCUCUUCCAUCGCCUGGCACAGGAUCCCGAUGCCCACACCCAGGCUAUGAGGGAGUACCAUGAACUGGGAGAUCGGAUUGAAAGAAUUGUCCUCUACGGCCAUUGA